GCACUCCACUGCAAAAUGUUGUGGUUGUCAGUGCUGCUUCUUGUUGCAGCAAACUGGGACAAGACCGAAGGACAACUGAGGGUACCGAAAGAACCAAAUGUACUAACUCCUCCUUACUUCAACAUUGCUACUGGAAAAGAAAUUGAAUCGACUGCAACGUGUGGUGAAAAUGGCGAACAAAUGUUCUGUAAGUUAACUGGAGGUCCGAACGAAUUUCUAUACAACGAAAAUUUACGCCAAGGCCAGUUCUGUGACAUGUGUGACGCCAACGAUACAACAAAGUCCCAUCCAAUUAAAUACGCGAUAGAUGGAACUGAAAAAUGGUGGCAAAGUCCGCCACUGUCUCAAGGGAAUGAAUUUAAUAAAAUAAACAUCACAUUACACCUAGGACAGGUGUUUCAUGUUGCAUAUGCCAUAAUCAAGUUUGCAAACUCACCCAGAGCGGGUACUUGGGUUUUGGAACGAUCGUCUGAUCACGGUAAAACCUUCCAACCUUGGCAAUAUUUUGCCAAUAGCAACAGCGAUUGUUAUAACCUCUUUGGCAUCGAUGCAUUUGAAGAGAUUACAAGCGAUGAUACCGUUAUUUGUACAUCCGAGUAUUCAGAUGUUGUUCCGUUGGAACGUGGCGAGGUCAUUGUUUCUAUGGUAAAUCGUCGCCCAGGCGCUAGAAAUUUCUCUCACUCCCCAGUUCUGCAAGAAUGGAGCAAAGCCACCGAUGUGAGGUUAAGACUACUUCGGACGAAGACGCUCCUCGGGCACCUGAUGGCUGUUCAAAGACAAGAUCCAACCGUUACAAGAAGGUAUUUUUACAGUAUCAAAGACAUCAGCAUUGGAGGUCGGUGUGUUUGCCAUGGCCAUGCUGAUACGUGCUUGUCUGAUCCUGCAAAUAAAUACAAGCUUAAAUGUGAAUGUCGACACAACACCUGUGGAAAUAGCUGUGAGUAUUGUUGCUCAGGCUAUUUUCAAAGAGAAUGGAAAGCUGCAGUGCCGGAAAGUUCAAAUCAAUGCGAAGCCUGUAACUGCCAUGGGCACAGCUAUCAAUGUUAUUACGACGAGCAAGUAGCUAUUCGUAGACAAUCUUUGGACAUGAAUGGGAAUUACGAAGGAGGCGGAGUGUGCCAAAAUUGUUCCCACUUCACUGCCGGAAUAAACUGUGAGCAGUGCAUGGAUGGCUAUUACAGACCGGCAGAUGUCGAUCUAAGAGAUCCUAACGGGUGUAGAUCAUGUGAAUGUGACAGCGCAUUUACGGUUGGAACUUGUGAGUCAGAAACGGGUCGCUGCUACUGUCAACAGCAAUACGAGGGGGAUAGAUGUGACAGAUGUGCAACAGGCUAUCACUUGUUUCCGGAAUGCCCACCUUGCCCGUGCUUUUACAACGGUACACGAGACAACGUCUGCCUUCCUGUACACGACGCCUGUCCUUGCAAGUACAACUAUGCUGGAAUGUACUGCGACGAGUGCGCUGCAGGAUUCUACAACUUUCCCGACUGUAUUCUAUGCGCUUGUACUGGAGAAGGGGCCACGAGUACGCAUUGUGAUCAAUACACUGGCCAAUGCGAUUGCGAAGAGGGAUUCGGAGGACUUGAUUGUGAUCAGUGCGCUCCAGGAUAUUACGAUUACCCGUUUUGUCAAAGUUGUGCGUGCUUGACAACCUUUACUACAGAACAGAUUUGUAACCCGAAAACCGGAGAAUGCUUGUGCACAGAGUUAGUUACUGGCGAUUCUUGCAACCAAUGCAUAUUGGGGUAUUUUGAUUUUCCACAAUGUAAAGAAUGCGAGUGCUCAAGCACUGGAAGUACAAGCAAUUUAUGUGAUGCUGAGAUUGGGAGAUGUGAUUGCCUUCCCAACUACCAAGGAUUAAAAUGCGACGAAUGUGUACCAGAGUUUUACAACUAUCCAAACUGCAUUCCGUGUAAUUGCGAUCUCCGAGGAUCACGUCGCACUACCUGUGACCAGCAAACUGGAGAAUGUACAUGCACAAGCUUCGUUGUUGGCACUCGGUGUGAUCAAUGCGCUCCAGAGUAUUUUAAUUUUCCCGAAUGUGAAGAUUGUAAAUGCGACAGGAGAGGGAUAAAGGCAUUUAUAUCAGGAGAAUGCCUCGCAUUCACUAUAGGCCAGUGCGACUGCAAAGAAAAUGUUAUUGGUAAAUACUGCGACCAAUGUGCGCCUUUGCACUAUGACUUGAACUCCGGAUGCGUUGACUGCAAUUGUUUACUCCAAGGGACGCUGGAUGGCGUGGCGGCGUGUAACUUUGCGGACGGUGAUUGCUGGUGCAAAACUUACACAAACAGCCAAAGAUGUUCUUUGUGUGAUUCAGGCUUCUUUGGCUUGGAAGAAAAGCAUUAUUUUGGUUGCUCAGGUUGUCAGUGCGAUCCUGGAGGCGCUGUGGAUGAAAACUGCGAUUCAGUAGAUGGGCAAUGUCGAUGCAAGUUAGGAGUAUCAGGACGCCAAUGUGACAGUGUGUUACCGGGUUAUUAUUACCCAACUCUGCUUCAUCAUAAAUACGAAGUUGAAUACGGAUUUACAUUAGAUGACAGUAUUUUGCGAUUUGGAUUCAAUGAAACGCAAUUUCCAGGCUAUAGUAUGAAAGGAUAUGGAGAGUUUUCAGACAUUCAGCCAGAGAUAAAUGUACCAGUGAUUGUAGAGAAUAGUGGAUUGUACAGGAUUCUUAUCUAUUAUGUGCAACCGGGAGACAGUAGUGUUGCAAACAUUACCAUUUCACCUCUCACUUCAGUUGGUUCUUCUCAAACAUUUGAAACUGUGUUUGAUUCGAGACCGAUUCCUACCAUGAUGAUUAUGAAGGAUGUUUUUGUGUUGAAUAGAGGUCAAUGGAAUGUUAUAAUUCAGGGAGAUUCUGGCCUAUUGAUCGACUAUUUUAUCUUGCUACCAUCUGAAUACUACGAGCCUGGUAUAUUGCAAGCUAAAAUUACGGAACCCUGUAAACCAACACCCGAAUCGACAGGGAAAGAAUGUAUUAUGUAUUCUCACCCAAAUUUGGAUUCUGGAACUCAUGCCGUAUUGGUGGAUUUCGUUGACGAAGAAAGGCAUGCACAGCCAUCAGUUUCCCAUCCAUUGAUGGUAAUUCUAGAUGGAAACAGUUUAAUCGAGGGUAACAGAAAAGCUUCAGCAACACUGAGUCCCGAAAGCGCUGGAGAAUAUGUCCUUGUUGUGGAAUACGCAAGUUUGGUUGAUGAGAUGCAAACGAUUGAGAUGCAAGUUACUGAUGGCGCUGGUCACGCGUAUAAUGAUACAAAAUUUAAUGUGUAUUCCUGUGGAUAUUCUUUCCUUUGUCGGCAAGUAGCUUUGACAUCCAACAAUGAUGUAGCGGUAUUCGAUGUAUCCGUUUCAAACAUGGAAAUAGAAAUGGGCAUUGAUGCUGGAGAAGUAGUUUACGUUCACGGCAUUCAUGCAAUUCCCCACAACGAAUGGUCAUUAGAAUACGUUCAACCAAAACGACGUUGCAUUGCAAAAGAUGGAAACCAUUUUGACGAGUGUAUUGCAUGGUCAUAUCCACUUCCAGAAACAGGUCGGAAAUUUGAGGCUGGCGCACGCAAUACAUCCGACAUAAAGGCUCCUUCAGCUACAGAUGAAAACAUAGAUACCAUGUUCAUUUCUGGCAACAUGUCUAUUCAGAUUGAAAUGAAUCUCGACCCAGGAAGAUACGUAUACAUUCUACACUACUACAAUCCACACCAGCUUUCCUUUCAACCGUCUGUUGUAAUUUCUGGUGGAAUAACUCAUGAAGGAACAGCGAACGUUACAUUUUGUCCGGAUGGCGAUGGUUGCAGAGCAGUUGUCGUCUCAGAUACCGGUGCUGCUUUAUUGGAUAUCAUGAAUCCAACUCAAACGAUGACGAUCCAAGUACCGAAAGAUAACGAACAACAUGGUCGAGGUAAAUCAUUUUGGCUGGACUACGUUCUUGCUAUACCCGAAGAUUCCUAUCGCACAGAAAUUCUAGAUUUGAUGAAAAUCGACAAUACUCGAAAGUUUUUUGAAGAAUGUUACAAAGUUGGAGCAAAAGGUUUGAUUGAAUUAACCAACACACCAUCUGAAUUUUGUCGAUCUGCUGUAUUCUCCCUAACAAUGGAAUUUAACGAUGGAGCUUUAUACUGCGAUUGUUCAAAAGAGGGGACAAUUGACGGGAACGCUAAUUGCUCAGAAUAUGGCGGUCAAUGCCCAUGUAAACCUGGUGUAAUAGGAAACCGUUGUGAGAGUUGUAACAUUGGGUAUUAUGGUUAUCCUGACUGCAAACCUUGCAAUUGUACUGGCCAGCUUUGCGACGAGUUGAACGGUAAUUGUAUAUGUCCACCAAAUACCGCUAUGCCAUCAUGUGAUCGUUGUCUGCCUUUUACUCAUUCCUUCCAUCCUCUUGCUGGAUGUCUUGCUUGUGAUUGUAAUAGAAAAGGAGUAGAAGAUGCCAAAGAUCUUGGAUGUAGCGAAGAGAAUGGACAGUGUCGAUGCAAAGAAAAUGUGGAAGGACAUAUGUGCGAUAAAUGUAAACCUGGAUUUUUUGCUUUCCCUGAUUGUGUACCUUGCGAAUGUGAUCCACGCGGGAGUGUUUCACAGGUAUGCAAUCAUGUCAAUGGACAAUGUUUAUGUAAAGAUAAUGUAGAAGGACAACAAUGCGACAGAUGUAAAUCGGGUACUUUCCACAUGGAUUUCGCGAAUCCAUUGGGCUGCACUAAAUGUUUUUGCUUUGGCGCAUCUGACGAAUGUUCAGGCACUUUGUACCCUGAAACGGAAAUUAUCGAAAUGAAUGGCUGGACUUUACUUCAUUUGAAAACAGACUUUCCAGAAGUACUCGUUGAAGGCCAAACAGCAACUGUUGAUAUUGAAGCAAACGGCGGUAUAAAAGACUCGACCAGACCCAGUUUGUACUGGUUUGCACCGGUUCAGUAUCUAGGAGAUAAAGUUGGUUCUUAUGGGGGAAUUUUGCACUACGUAACGGAAUCUAGACGGGGCGGACGAGGCGAUGCUGGAAGCUCUAGUUACGUUCCGUCGCCUGCGGAUAACCCAGCACCGCUGCUCGCGGGGCCACCAAGUGUCGUAUUAGAGGGGAAUGGAAUGCUUAUCAGGCUUAUUAAACAAGAAUAUGAAGGAAAAGUUUCCGUACUUCUAACUGAAAAUAAUUUUGUUCAUCAAAGUACAGGCAACCAAGUAACUCGCGAAGAAAUGAUGAUGGUACUCAGUCCUUUAUCGUCACUACGUAUUCAUGCUACUGACGAUCUGCAAGCUGUUAGUGUCAGCAUAUCUGAUGUUAGUAUGACGACCACGGAUUACAAAGCACUUUUGAAUUCUGCACCUACGAUACUUACUGUGGAAGAAUGUCAAUGCCCUCCUGGGUAUAUUGGAGAAUCCUGUCAGCUUUGUGCCCGUGGUCAUUACAGAGAAGCAAGAGGACCUUACUUAGGAUAUUGUGCAGAAUGUGAUUGUUUUGGUCAUUGUGAUAAAUGUGAUGACAAGGGUGGACUCAUUGAUAGAGAGGAUUGCCUUCAUAAUACGAUCGGAGACAAAUGCGAGCAAUGUCGGGAUGGAUAUUAUGGUAAUCCUAUGAGUCGUCAUCCCGACGCAUGCAGAAUUUGUCCAUGUCCAUAUCCAACCGAAACGGGAAAUUUUGCAAAAACUUGCGAAUUUGAUGAAGAUGGUUUAGUUUGCAAUUGCGAGCCAGGAUACACAGGAGACAGAUGUGAGUAUUGUAGUACCGGGUACUUCGGAAACCCACACGUCAUUGGAGGUAAAUGCCAGACGUGCAAUUGCCACAACAAUCUAGAUAUUGGCGACGAUAUGGAGACGUGCAACACUGAGACAGGAGGAUGUUCAGAUUGUAAGUUUAAUACUGGAGGAAAAUAUUGUGAAAGGUGUGCAGACGGUUAUUACGGUGAUGCAGUUGAAGCAAGAAACUGCACCAAGUGUCCAUGUAACGAAUGCGGAGCUUUACAAUGUGAUCAUGUAUACGGAGAUUGCGAUUGCAAGAAACAUGUCAUUGGUUGGCAUUGUGAAUUAUGUGAAGAGGGUUACUACAACUUGAAUUCUUGUGUCGGUUGUCAGCUUUGCCAUUGUGAAAUUGGCGCCAAAACAUCUGCCUGUGAUAUAGCAACGGGACAGUGUGAAUGUGCUCCCAAUGUUGUUGGACUCAAAUGUGAAAAAUGUGAACACGGACAUUGGGAUUACUCGGAAAUUGGCUGCAAAUCUUGCAAUUGCUUCAACGAUGGAGAAUGCAAUCCUAUCACGGGCGAAUGUAAAUGUCCUCCUGGAGUAAUGGGACCUUACUGCGACCAAUGCAAACUAGAACGUUACGUAUUACCACGUGGACAAGAGGAAUGCGAACCUUGUGACGAAUGCACUCACUUCCUCCUGGAUCUGGUAGAACCAAUGACACAAGAACUUAUAUCAGCGACCAGACAGUUGGCAAACGUAUCAGUUGGACACAUUGCAUUGAACAAAUUGGAUAAAUAUGGAAAGAAAUCCAUGGCGUUCAGGACAAACAUGGAUGAACAAGACGAUUAUAUGGAUGCAUUGAAUGACGAUAUUGACAGAUUGCUUAAAACUGAAAAUCUGGGCGAAUCGUACUCUAUGGACGAAGUAUCUGGAAGUGGUGAAAGUGUUAAGCAAUUCUUAGUGUAUAGCACGAAAGAAGGAUCAGGAGCAAUCGAACCGAUCCCGCUUGAUGAUAUGGACGGAGAAGAUUCUUAUGUAACUAUUCAACAACAUUUAGAAAACAUCGAAAUUAGGGUUGGUGAUAUGUGUAAUCGCACCGAAGGACUUUUGGAAGAUAUAGAAAAGACUGGAAGCAGGACAAUCAUGCUAGAUGCAAAUACAAAGGCAGCUUCGGACGAUGUAACGGAAUUUGAGAAUUCCGCAAAAGACACGUUGAAUUAUCUCGUGGAGGAAUCGUCCGGUGAUGAACCUGUCGAUGACGAUCGAAAAUUAUAUGAAGUACAAAUGAUGUUGCAACGCAUGAAAGAAAGAGAUUUUACUUUAAAAAAAAACUCAGCCACUAUUGAAUUGAAAGAAGCAGAAGAAUUAUUCAACCUUGUCGACCAGCAGUUUGUUUUGCCGUCUACCGAAGUACAAGAAAGAGUUGGAAAUUUAAGUCAAGAUUUGAGUUCCAAGUUAUACAAGCUCAAAGAACUUAAACAUAGAUUGGUUGUUACAAAUAAAACUGUAGUACAAAUAACUGCACUGAACAAUGAAAACAGAAAAAAUUUAGCAAAUGGCAGAGAAUCCAUUUACAGAAUCAGUGUGAUAUGGGAAGAAAUCAACCAAUACAUGAACGAUUCUGCAUUCGCUAUCGAUAAUGACGGAGGAAAACUACCCGAUGCUGAAAAUAAUGAUGUAUUACUAGAUCUGAUAGAGCAAUUACAACCUGUUUACGAUGAACGUCUAGAAAAUCUGGACGGAAUGGCAGAAUUAGUUAAUAAGUCAAUAGAUAAAGCAAAUAUGCUUGAUGACGAUGCUGAAAUGUUGAUCAAAGUUGUGAACGAAACUAAAAAUGAUCCGCGUAACUUACGAGCAGUGGAAGCUGCAAAUCGAUACCAGACUAUAUUCAAUAUUUUGAAGCAAGCUGAAGAGGCAGCAAACAAUGCUGAUUUGGAUGCAACAGAGGCAAGAGAUGAAGUAGCCGAAAAAAAUCUUGGCAAAAUUGCUGCAAACGCGGAUGGGAAUAGUAGCCAACUCUUGAAAGAAGUUCAGAAUUUACUCAAUAAGGAAUCUGAUCUACAAAAUGAUUUAAAUGACGCCAAAACUCGUUUAACUUCAGUCGAUGCUUCAGUAAUGAAUAUACAAUUCCGACUAGAAAUUACAAAAGAGGGUGCGACGACUUUAGAGAGAGAUGACAUAGAUGGUAUGGUGCAAGACAUAAAAGAUCAGGCUGCAAAUGCUAAUCAAAUCACAAACGAAACAAUAGAAAUGGUAAAUGAAUUGCAGGAGUUAAUCGACCAAGCACCUGAUACAAAUAUGAGUAUUAAUGAUGAACUGACAAUAGUGCAAAACAUUUUGGAAACCAUCCCUGACGCAGUUGAAAGCUUCGAUUUAGAAACUGCACGUCUCAGAAGAAAGGCAGCACGAAUUUCACAACUUCCACAAGAUUUUGACCUGGAUGAUAGAAUGAACAGAAUACGAAAACUGAUAGAACUUUCAAGAAGCCGGGCAGGGAAUGUCAAAUUAUCGAUGAAAUUUAAAAAGAAUGAUGGUCUCGAUAAACCAGAAUAUGCUCAAGUUCGGAUUCCACCCCAAGUAGCCAGUGCUGACAACUAUCUUAAAAUUGAUUUGUUUGUCAACACUUCCCGAACAGCUGACAGCUCCAUUCUUUAUAUGGGGGAUGUCUCGUCAUCAACUGGCGACUACAUUUCACUGGAAUCUAUUGACGGAAGAGUACAUUAUAAUUACAAAGUAGGCGAAGGGGAAGGCCAACUUGUCAGUAGUGUAACAAUCAAUGAUAACGAAUGGCAUCGCAUUGUCUUGCACAGAAUUGGAAACAAAGGAAGACUGCAAGUUCAUUAUAUCGAGCCAGGGGAUAUAUUCAGUGGAGGAGGGAGCACGAAUGAAACAAUUGAAGGGAUAACUAACUCUGAUGAUGUGAGAGCUUAUAUGCCUAGAGAAACAACGCCAUUGAUCAUUGGUGGCACACCCAUCAAUUCAGAUACCCUCCCAGAAGUAAUACAGAACAAAGAAAUGGAUGGAUGUGUUCAGUCUGUUAAAAUCAAUGAUGAGCGAAUCGGAAUAUGGAAUUUCAUGUCAUACAAUGGUCCACAACCAGGACAAAUUUGUGUCGAUGGACCUGCUGAUGUACCACCCACUUCUGAAGCCGGUCGUAUGUGGAAAUUCCGUGGUGUCGACAGUUACUUGAGAGUUCAUAGCGAACAACUUCAAGGACAAAGAUUCUAUGUGACGUCAACAUCUACCAGUUUUAUAUUCAGAUUUAAAUUCAGGACGGUUCAAUCGAAUUCUCUUCUUUUCUUCAUUGGUCAGAGUGUGUCGCAAUUUUUUGCCCUGGAGUUGAGAAACGGUAAAUUUGUACUGACUUGCAAUUUUGGUUGGGACGAACCAAAAUCAGAAACUGUUACAUCGUUUCCUGACGUGAACACUCACCCACAAGCUCUCUCCAUAAAAGCUGGAGUUGUCUCAAUAACGAAACAGUUGAAGAUGAUUGUGUUGGCUAUCAAUUCUGGAUUGAAUCUCAACAUAACUUUCACAGACUGGGCACCUGACAUACGAGGUGAUGCCUGGGUUGGUGGAAUCCAUAGAUACGACAUCAAAGAUGAAUUCCGUCCAUACGUUAAAAUGCUUGAUGAACAUUUCCGCGGAUGUCUAGGAGGGCUCGCUUUCCAUUUGCGAGCAUCGUUUAGUAUUUACGAAGCUUAUGAGAGGGUCGGAGUGACACGCGGCUGCAUGCCAGAGACCAUCUCAACUGUUGAAGUCAAUGGAAAUGACUAUAUCAACAUUGCAUCUGGUUUAUCAAAUGUAGAUAGGAUAGCUGGAAUUGCGACAGCAAGAACAAUUAAACCUGAAGGUACAAUAUUGUCUGCGAACGAGCAAGAGGUCGGGGGCGAGCAAAUCAAAUUAUUCAUGAGAGAUGGUCACAUGGUAUUGUCCGAUGGUGAUACAGAAGUUUUGUCAAAAGAUACGUAUAACGACGGCGAACCUCACACAAUAAGAUUUGAAAGAUACACGGGCGGAACAUUAUAUCUUAACGUUGAUAACCUCGAUGUGCAAACUUCUGAAGAAAAGGAAAGCGAAGACGCGAAAAGACGCCGAAAGAGAAGACUUCGUCGCAAGAGACCAAAAACCAGCAGUACAAAGACUUCAAUAUUUGCAGAAUCUCGCGUCCAUAUUUAUGUUGGCGGAUCGCGGGAUGAUCCUAAAUUUGAUGGAUGUAUUGGAAACAUUCAGAUUGAAAGAGAUCCAAAACAUCAUGGAUUGCUUACUGAAAAAGCACGUUGUGGAUAUUAUGGAAGCGCCAUGUGUACAGGAAAACCUAAAUUUAACCAAUGUAUGAUUCCAUCAAAAAGUGGAACCAAAACCUUGGCGAUUACUGACUCAAUCAACUCCAAACCCAAACCGAAAAUGAUGGGAGGUGAAGUAUCUGCCCAUGAGUUUACAAACGCCGGUACAUCAUUGAAUGGGGAUGAAAUCAAUGGAAGCAAUGCAACGAUUGCUGCUUCAUUAGAAUCAGGAGAUAAUAAAAAGAGAAAUGGAAAACGAAGAGGAGGGAGAAAUAAGAAAAAAUCUGGCAACCGAAGUCAAGAAUUAGUUCUCGGUAUUGACGCAGUUCAACUAUUUGACCCUGGCUAUGACGGAGACUGUCAACUUCCGCUUGACCCGAAAACGAGUGGAUUUUAUUAUCCAGGGGAUGGUUACUCGAAAUAUAGCGUUGACAAUUUUGAUUCAUUCAAUUGGAGAUUUUCACUCAAAAUUAGAACAGAGCAAAGAGAAGGAAUCAUUUUCUUCAUGUGCACUACAGGAUGCCCGGAGCACAUCGCUGUUUAUCUCAUAAAAGGACGAGUAACUCUGAGUGUUAAAUUUGGAAUUGAGAGACGCAGAAUUAAAUCAAUUUAUAAAUUUAACGAUGGAUAUUGGCAUGAUAUAACUUUCCAAAGAAAAGCACAGAAUCUACAAAUGAUAAUUGAUGACACAAUCACGAAUAUAGAACUCUAUGAAACAUCAUACACGUUUUCUACUCUUAUGCUGUUUUAUGUCGGAGGAAUGCAGGAGAUGGAAAAAGCUGAUGCAGCCACUUUUAUGAGUCCAAUGCAUUUGAGCGAUUUCAACGGAUGUAUCCAGAACUUGGUGGUGAACGAUCAACCUAUUGAGAAUUCCAAGUUGUCGAGACUACUGUUUAAAAUCAAUUUAAGACCCUGUUUCGAGGGUGACACUGAACCAGGAAUGUUUUUCUCUAAUUCUAAUCCGAGUGAAGUCGGCACGUACCUGUUAGUAUACAAUGUAUAUAACGUUGGUACAAAUCUUGAAGUCACAAUGGAGAUUCGUCCCAGAGCACAAUCUGGAGUUCUUCUCGCCGCUGGUGGACAAACAGGAAAUUUCUUCCAGUUGGUUCUCAUUGACGGAAAGGUUGUUGCUCGCCUGAAACAAGAAACGAAUAUGUUAAUGUCGGUCUAUGAUCCCAGCGAUUAUAGGGAUUCUAUAUGUGAUGGGAAUUGGCAUAAAGUGCAAGUGAUCAAAGCAAAGAAUAUUUUGACUCUGAGUGUCGAUGGAAACCAAGUACUACCGAUAGAACAAGGAGAUAUUGCAAUAAGAAGUUGCGAAACAGACGGACCUUUGUAUAUUGGAGGUCUUCCAAGGAACGCAAAUGUUGGACGACUUCUUAGUGACAAAAGACAAUACAUUGGCUGUAUGAGGAAAGUCAGAGUCGAUUAUUUCAGCAUUACACCGUCAAUUGCAAUCGAAGUUAAAUCUGGUGUAUCUGAAAAUAGUUGCCCUUAUUGAUUGGCUAAAUGAAGAAUACUUGUAGUCGUUCUUGUUUGAUUUAACAUUUUGAUCAGUUGAAACAACUCAAUCUAAAUUUCAUAAUAGAUUCCCAUGUCGUUUACGUAUUUUACAUAUCCACUUUUAGAACCUAAUUGCCGUAGGAAUUCAACAAGUCACAACACGGAAACAACUGACGUUUUUUAUCACAUUAUCAUUGAUAUCUUAACUUUUUUGAUUCACUUUUUUUAAACUGAUGGGUUUCAGUUUCAAUUCUUUUUUUCAUCUCACUUCAAUAUUUCCAUAUCAAAACUUCAUCUAAUCUUUCCAUAAUAUGAAUAGUUGCUUUAAAUUGCCUCAUUUGUGAACAGAUUAAAAUAAAACCUCCUCAAUCUAGAUUUGGACAAAUAAAGUAGUUACAGUUCUAAACAUUUCUGCUUGAAUUCACACAUUUUGCGUAUGAGCCUCUGCAUAAAGACGACGUGUGUGCAAUUUUCACAAUUUACUUCGAAAGUUUUCUUUGGAAUAAAUUUCAUUCUCAUAUU